UAGCCGAGCACAAUCAUGGAACCCAAGCACGCGCUGCACAGUGGCUACUUCCAUCCGGUCCUGCGACAAUGGCAAUCAGCGAACGUCGACGUCAAGCCGGAAAACCUGAUGCUGCCAAUUUUCAUUCUAGAUGAACCAAACUCGAUCACCGAGAUCCAGAGUAUGCCCGGUGUCAAAAGGUAUGGAAUGAACAAGCUGAAGGGUUUUAUCGAUCCUUUGAUUGCAAAGGGAUUGAAGUCGGUUCUUCUUUUUGGCGUUUCUAAUAAAUUAAUCAAGGAUGAAAAUGCUAGCUCUGCUGAUUGCCCCAAUAAUCCCAUCAUCCAAGCAGUGCCGUUGCUAAGAAAGUUGUAUCCACACUUAAUUAUUGCCUGUGAUGUUUGCAUAUGCCCUUACAGUAGCCAUGGUCAUUGUGGCAUAUUGAACUCUAAUGGAACAAUUCAGAAUGAAAAAAGCAUACAAAGGAUUUCUGAGAUUGCAGUUGCUUAUGCCAAAGCUGGAGCACACAUUGUAGCACCAUCUGAUAUGAUGGAUGGUAGAAUAAAAGCAAUAAAGCUAGGUCUUGCAUCAGCUGGCCUAUCAAAUCAAGUAGCAGUGCUCUCUUACGCUGUAAAAUUUGCUUCUGGAUUCUAUGGACCCUUCAGAGAUGCUGCUGGAUCAUCACCUAAAUUUGGAGACAGACAGUGCUAUCAACUUCCUUCUGGUAGUACAGGAUUAGCUGCCAGAGCUGCUGCAAGAGAUGUCGAUGAAGGAGCUGAUAUGCUCAUGGUAAAACCUGGUCUUGCAUACCUCGAUGUUGUGAGACAAACAAAAAAUGCAUACCCAGAGUAUCCCAUGUUUAUUUAUCAAGUAUCGGGUGAAUAUGCAAUGCUGUAUCAUGGGGCCAAAAAUGGGGCGAUCAACCUUGAGGCUGUUCUGAAAGAAGUGCUACUGAGCAUGAGAAGAGCUGCUCUGGCCCUGCUGGGCUUCUGCGCGGUCGUCGCCUUGGCCGCGACCGAGGACAAGAAGGAGAAGGAGAAGGAGGACAUCGGCACGGUGAUCGGCAUCGAUCUCGGCACCACCUACUCCUGCGUGGGCGUCUACAAGAACGGCCGCGUCGAGAUCAUCGCCAACGACCAGGGUAACCGCAUCACGCCGUCCUACGUGGCGUUCACCGCCGACGGCGAGCGUCUCAUCGGCGACGCCGCCAAGAAUCAGCUCACCACCAAUCCGGAGAACACCGUGUUCGACGCCAAGCGUCUCAUCGGACGCGAGUGGACCGACAAGACCGUCCAGCACGACGUCAAGUUCUUCCCGUUCAAGGUCGUGGAGAAGAACAGCAAGCCCCACAUCAAGGUCGACACCAGCCAGGGCGAGAAGAUCUUCGCCCCGGAGGAGAUCUCCGCCAUGGUGCUGGGCAAGAUGAAGGAGACCGCCGAGGCCUAUUUAGGCAAGAAGGUCACCCACGCCGUGGUCACCGUGCCCGCUUACUUCAACGACGCUCAAAGACAGGCCACUAAAGACGCUGGUGUCAUCUCCGGUUUGAACGUCAUGAGAAUCAUCAACGAGCCAACUGCCGCUGCAAUCGCUUACGGCCUCGACAAGAAGGAAGGCGAGAAGAACGUGCUGGUCUUCGAUUUGGGCGGCGGCACCUUCGACGUGAGUCUGCUGACCAUCGACAACGGCGUGUUCGAGGUCGUCGCGACCAACGGCGACACCCACUUGGGCGGUGAAGACUUCGACCAGCGCGUCAUGGACCACUUCAUCAAGCUGUACAAGAAGAAGAAGGGCAAGGACAUCCGCAAGGACAACCGCGCCGUGCAGAAGCUGCGUCGCGAGGUCGAGAAGGCCAAGCGCGCCCUCAGCGCCAGCCACCAAGUCAGGAUCGAGAUCGAGUCGUUCUUCGAGGGCGAGGACUUCUCCGAGACGCUGACCCGCGCCAAGUUCGAGGAGCUGAACAUGGACCUGUUCCGCAGCACCAUGAAGCCCGUGCAGAAGGUCCUGGAGGACGCCGACAUGAGCAAGAAGGACGUCGACGAGAUCGUGCUCGUCGGUGGCUCCACUCGUAUCCCCAAGGUGCAGCAGCUCGUCAAGGAGUUCUUCGGCGGCAAGGAGCCGUCACGAGGCAUUAACCCCGACGAAGCCGUCGCCUACGGUGCCGCCGUACAGGCUGGCGUGCUCUCCGGCGAACAGGACACCGACGCCAUCGUGCUGCUCGACGUCAAUCCAUUGACCAUGGGUAUCGAGACCGUGGGCGGUGUCAUGACCAAGCUCAUCCCCCGCAACACCGUCAUCCCGACCAAGAAGUCCCAGAUCUUCUCCACCGCCUCCGACAACCAGCACACCGUCACCAUCCAGGUCUACGAGGGUGAGCGUCCCAUGACCAAGGACAACCACUUGCUCGGCAAAUUCGACCUGACCGGCAUCCCACCGGCGCCGCGUGGCAUCCCCCAGAUCGAGGUCACCUUCGAGAUCGACGCCAACGGCAUCCUCCAGGUGUCCGCCGAGGACAAGGGCACCGGCAACCGCGAAAAGAUCAUCAUCACGAACGACCAGAACCGCCUGACGCCCGACGACAUCGAGCGCAUGAUCAAGGACGCCGAGAAGUUCGCCGACGAGGACAAGAAGCUCAAGGAGCGCGUCGAGGCGCGCAACGAGCUCGAGUCCUACGCCUACUCGCUCAAGAAUCAGCUGGCUGACAAAGAGAAGCUGGGCUCGAAGAUCAGCGACGCCGACAAGGCCAAGAUGGAGGAGGCCAUCGACGAGAAGAUCAAGUGGCUCGAGGAGAACCAGGACACCGAUCCCGAGGAAUACAAGCAACAGAAGAAAGAACUGACAGACAUCGUCCAGCCGAUCAUCACGAAGCUGUACCAGGGCGCCGGCGGCGUACCGCCCACCGGCGGCGAGGAGGCCGAGGAUGAAGAUCUCAAGGAUGAAUUAUAAUCUAAAGCAGAUCUUUAAGUUUAAAAUAUUAUUAACAAAUUUACAAUAAGGAGUUAACGUAUUGCGAAUAUGUCGCCUCCUGUUUAGACUGACUAUAAAACACACGAGCCCUGUUGUAAAACAUUCGGCCGAGAUUCGUCAACCGGAUCUCGACCGGAUUUUCUGCGUGUUAUUUUUCCAAGCUGUAAAAUUCGCUCGAUUUUUCGAUUUGUAUUUUUCAGCGCAUAAUUGUAUGUGAGAUUUGUCUGGCCUGAACUUUUUUCAGAUAAGAAUUCUUGUUUUGUAAAUUUAGACACGUUAUCUGACAAGGGACGGCCGGAUUUUGCUAUUUAAUAGAUUUAAAAAAUGGGUAUGCAUGAGUUUUGUAAGCGUGAGUGUUUAUUUUUUGCGUCGUCAAGUUUUCACUAGAAUUUUAAGUACGUAAAGCCGAAUCGUCUUUGUAAACAAAAAAUUUAAAACGAUAAAAAAAAAGAAAACUUAUGUAAAUAUUAACUAUGAUUAGAAGAACGGACUUUUUUAAGUCAAAAUCAAUAAAUUCAAUCACUUUGACAAAA